GCCACUAUCAGCGUGUCGUCAUCACCCUGCGACACCGUCUUCUCCAUUGACCAUGUGAGACGAGCUUCCCAGGGAUGUAAAACAUUCAGAUUCAGAGGAUUAAAGGAAACGUCAGUGUGACCGAAUGCAUCCCGGAAGCUGAGCACAUUUUGUUUGCUUACUGUGAGACACUAAAAAAGAGAGAGAUGGUGGAGAAGAUGGGAGCAAAGGGGCAGAAACAUGCUGGUGAACAUGGUCAGAAGAAGAAGCCUGAUCGGAAUAAAGCAGGAGGAAACAGCAGCCGUGGUGAGGAAGGAGGAAGGAGAAAGCGCCUGGAUGCGAUGACUGUGGGCUAUUUCCGUCGUGUGAGUGAGAGACUGAACGAAGGGUUCACAGAUGAUGAAGAGCGAGAGCUCUUUGUCGAAAAUGUUCUGUCCGAGGUGAAGGGACAGGCUGGCCUCGUCUCUACAGAUAUGACAGGAAGUCUGGCUCUUCAAAAGCUUCUGUCAUUGGCCAGCCUCAAACAGGUGUCAGAGGUUCUAGCUGAACUGGGUGGAGAAACUGGGUCCGAGUUUAAAACCGUGUCAUGUGACAGAUGUGGGGGUCAUGUGAUAGAAAGUGCUAUCAAGCAGAUGGUCAAGUGGACAGAGGACAGCAACUCUGAAGAGAAAAGCAGCUCCGAAAACGAACACGAAGAAACGGAGCACCACGGGACGCUCGAGGAUCAGGUGCUAACACUGUGCCGAGUGGUGAGGGAGAAUCUCGUAGACUUCACCAAAGACCCUCACGGAUCUCAUGUGCUUCGAACGCUUAUACACGUGCUUGCGGGAUGUUCGGCACAAGAACAGUCUGCUGCACAUCCAGCUAAAAAGCAGAAGAAAGCAGAACCUGAGCUGAUAGACUAUGAAGCCCCAACAUCAUUCUGGUGGGAGCUCAAGUACCUUUCAGAGUCGCUGAUGGAAAAUGUUAAUGUCUGUGCCACCAAUCCCACUGCAAGCGCCGUCCUCCAGACCUUACUGACCGUCUGCCACAGGAAGAGACCCAUUCUGGGCAAAAAAUUAAACAAGGGCAUCAUGGGAUACCUAACAUCUCUGAGCUCAGCUCCUGGAGUCAGUCCCCUCUUGGUGUUUCUGAAGGACCAGUCAUGCAGUCGGCUCAUCCAGACCGUGUUUCAGUUCUCCCAGAAAGCUUUGCUCCGAGACACCUAUAAGAACCACCUGAAGAACCAGCUCAUUCCUCUGGCGCUUCACCCGUUUGCAAACUACACCAUCCAAUCCUUGAUAGCAGCUUCGGUCAAUUACAAACUGUUCCUGAAGGUGUUUGACGAGUUGGUGCCUGGGUUCGAGGCGAUCCUAGCUGCGGGGCACAUGGGGGUCAUAGUGCAGCUGGUGGAGAGCUGCGUACACAGAGAGGAUAGGCAGGCAAACAUGCUGCAGCACCUCCUAGAGGCUUUUCACUGCAGUGAGCCCUCCACACGGCAUCUCUCCUGUCUCCCUCUCUUCCUGUCCUUACUGACGUAUGAGGUGUACUACAACACGGAGGCAGCAGAGGGCAGCCCUGUUCCUCAGCGCCCCCUCUCUAUAUGCUACCACGGCUCGCGCCUGGUCCAAGCGCUGGCCCGCUUUAAAGACCGCUCCAUCCUGAUGAACAGCCUGCACAGCCUGAGCACGGCCGAGCUGCUGAGCCUGGGCACGGAGCAGACGGGCAGCCACGCCCUCCAGGCCCUCAUCACCCUUUCUAGUGACAAAGGCAAAGGAAAGAUCCUGAGGAAACUUGAGGGACUCUAUACUCAGCUGGCCUGCUCCAAAUACGGCAGUCGGCUUUUGGAGGCCGUGUGGAGCAGCGCCACCAUCAGUCAGAGGCAGAGCAUCGCAGAGCAGCUGGUCUCCAGCGAGUCCCAGCUGCGCUCGGAUCAGUUCGCACGGCACGUCUGGGCAAAAUUCGGCCUCACGCACUUCCAGAAGAGACGCGGUGCCUGGAUGGAGCUUCAGACGGGAGAGUCGAAGAAGAGAAAGAUGUUCAGUGACAUUCUGGAGUAACCGCUUUUGAUCUGGUUCUUUUUUUUCUUUUUCUUUUUAAGGGCUUAACCAAGUGUUAAAUCACUUCCUGUGGACUGAAAUCCUACACCUCUAACAUAGCUCCUACAGAGUUACAGUUAAUCCUCUGGUAUUUGAUCUGGUCAAGUUUGAGUAACGCUUGAGCUUUUUCUGUGUAGGUGACGUGUGCAAAUAAAAUCAUGCAUUUUGCAUCGUCUUGAUACAUUAAGGAUUUUCAUGAUAAUGCAAUGUUUAGGAAAUAUUUCAGUUUUUGAUAGCAAAGUAUAAUGACAAUAGUAAUGUUGUUUUUGAAAAUAAUGGAAAAAAUAAAUAUUUUUAAUCUCCAAAUUUAGCUGGAGGAAUGAACUUGAUUGGAAGUUUAUUGAUGACUAAUUUAUUUGUCAUAUUUCUACUCUAGUAUUGCGUUAUUAUUUAAUAAGGCAUUUCAAAACCAGUGGUAUUUUGUUCCUGUAGCGUUUAUGGUGCUGAUGGUGGAGGUGUCGCGAGUGAUUAAUAGCUCAGAAAACAAGUGAAGGAAGGAGAGGAAGAGCGAGCUGAGUGCAGCUGUGAUUUCUCCUGCACUCUAUCUUCCUCUCUCUCUCUCUCUCUCUCUCUCUCUAUCUGAGUGGGAGAGAAGGGAGAAGACUGCGAGCUUGAUCACAGGGGCGAUGUGACAUUCAGCUACAAGAAUCCCCUGACCGAGUCAACACCAGCCUGAUAGAACGCUUCACACGAAGGCCUGGGAACGUCAAACAACUCUCGCUAACUGCCAUUAACAUCAGCCGCCGUGCAAAUGACUUAAAUUAAAAGGCCGCUGUGGUUUUGUCUAGAGCUCCUUUACAUCACUCAUCUGCAGAGGUGUCGGCAGUUCAGUGGGGUCCAUUAAAGAACAAUGCGGGGUUUAUGUGCUGGUGUGAAACGCCGGCGCACCGAGUAAAGACGUGAUUUUAUCCGCAUGGUUCGUUAUUGUGGAUAGCAGUUGUCAUAAACAUUCUCACAAAUUGCUUCAUGAAAUGAUUUUUAUUCAUUUUUUUACCUUAAGAAUAAAAAACAGAGUGGAAUCCAUUUAAUGGGAUAUAAAAGUUCCAUAUCUUUACUGUCUUUAUUAUUAUUAUACAGAAUGCAGCAAUAUAAGUGGAAAGUAAAACAAAACAUUUCAAUAUUCACUUGAUGUCUUGAAAGUUUUGGCACCGCAUUUCAAUAUGCAAACACAUUUUUCCAGCCAAAAAAACAAUUCGUAUCACGCAUUAUUGUGUUCAUUAAUAUAUAGAAGUGUUCCUGCCUAUACUAAAAUACUGCAAAUUACAUUCUGAGAGUGGGCAGUGUAUGAGGGAUUUGAUGGAAAACCUGAAAACUGUCAUGUAAAAAUUCUUUUUUAGAUUUUGUACUUAGUUGCUAAUAUCGGGUCUAUGGUAAUAAAUCGAAAGAUAUGUAAAAUAUGAUUUUUUACAAAUAAUAAAAAAACUUGUUGCAUCAUU